UAUAGGGUAUUGAAUUCGAUGCUUCGUCACUGCGACAAUGAUGGCAAUCGCGUGUUAUUACCGCAGUGAGUCAACUGCAUUUGUACUUGUCGUUAUAGACGAGGAUAAAAUGUGUCAACGUAUAUUUGAUAAUAAAAAAAAUAACAACAGAUAAUUUAUUAAAUUAUAAAUAUUAAACAAUAAAAUUUUAACACAAUGUAUAAAUAAUAAAAUUGAGGGUGUCUGUGUGUUUUUUAAUUGUUGAUUUGUAUUUUUUGUAUUUUAAAUUCACUUAAAAAUGAAUAUUCGUAGAAUACCCGGUUUUAUUUAUCACUACAAACUUCAUGCUAUAUUGGUACUUGUCACAUUUAUUGCUGUUAUUAUAUUACUACAUCACUGGGGUUUUGUCUGUACGAAUCUUGAGGCACGACGUCACGUAUCAAGUGUGUGUAGCAGUCAUGAAGAUGGAUUUGCCAUGGGAGUACUUUGUAAACCUUUGUGUUCAGAUCACACAAUUAAUUCUCUAGUUUGCGAAAGCCUUCAUUCUGGAAAAGAAACAGUAUUUUCAGCAAAUUGGGAAACAACAAGAAUAGUCUUUAAAGCAUUUAGAAUAAAACCAGUUUCUGAGCAGUAUGAAGCAUUACACUGGAUUGACAUGGACAAAAAAAAACAUUAUCCAACAGAAGAUGAAUUUGAAGCCAUGAUAAGUGACUUGGUUCUAAGUAAAUUAAAUAUAACAGCUAGUAAAAGACUGCUAGAACGUCUAAGUCAUCUUCGCAUGGGUCACUAUGAGACAGAUAUAAAACAACGUGAAUUUGAAAUGGAAAAUGUUUGGUUACUUUUACAAGAAAAUGAAUAUCUCAUAUCAAUAGUAUAUGAAAGCUACGAUUUAUUUCCACAUUUCAUUGGAACAUGUGGUACAUUUUAUGCUGUUGAAUAUGUUUAUCCAAUUGAAAAUCCAACGACAUUAUUAGCAUUAUCAGAUGACAUUAAUGAAUGGUCAAAAAGAUUAAAACUUGCAAUUAAAAUAAUAAAUUAUAUUGAUGAAAUUGAAAAUAAUAAAAUUGAAAAAUUUUAUUUAUGUGAUGUUAAAAUAAAUCAUUUUGGUACACCAAUUGGUGAUGAUACCAAGCUUAAAUUUUUAGAUCUUGAUUCAGUAUUUCCUGAAAGUAUUAUUAGUCGUAUUUUAUCUGAUAAUAAAGAUUGUGAUAAACAUGAAGAUUGUGAUUAUUUUGACUGUCGGUCAGUUUGUUCAGUUAAUAAAAGAUGCGAAUCACCAGUUAUGAAUGAUAAUCUUCAGAUUGUCUGUGAAAAAAUUUUUUUAGGAUGGACAUUAUCAGGCACAAUAAUAAUUCCAGGUUUGUUAAUGUCAAGAAGAACAACUGGAGCAUUAGCUGUACUUUUGCGACAGUGUGCUAAUCCACAUGGUGAUACAGUACAUUUACCUCGUGCUCCAGUAUCACGAGAAUUGAGAACACGACUAUAUAACAUGUUGAUAGAAAUGGACAAGCAAUACUCAAAUUUACAAACAUAAAAAAAUAUCAAAUUGAUAGCACAAUAAUAUCAAUGAAAAUUUGAUUUUCAUAAUCUCUUAAUAUCAAAAAAUAAUACACUUAUUUAUUUAUUUAUUUGCUUUUUAUUUAAAGCCACAAUUAUUUACUUAAAUAAAUUUUUAACAAUUAGAAAUAAUAAAUGCCUUACCACUGAUAUUAAAUUUUAGCUCAAACACAAUAAAUUGAUAUUAAUCAAUGAAAAAAAAAAUAAUAUUCAAUUAGCUUAAAUAAUAUAUAAGUGAUAAUUAUUUAUAAAAAUUUUAGAAAUAAUAUUUUUAUAGAUGAAAUUAGUGUUGUAAUUUUAGCAACAAUGUAACAAUCCCACUGUAUUAAUAUUUUUAAUUUUGUAAUUUUAAAGAUUCGUUUGUUUUAAAUUUUUUGAAUCUUUUUUUUUUUAUAAUCAAUAUAUAAAUGAAAAAUUUAUGUUAACUAAAAUUCCGCACACUGUAUGACAUUUUAAUAAAAACUCAUUUUUAUAUCUCAAAGUGAUAAUGAUUAAUCAUUUAAACGUGCAAAGAAUUUAAACAAUAAAAAUUGAAAAAUUGUAUUCAAGGUUUUCUUGAUAAAACAUAUUUAAUUUUUUUUCUUUAAAUGAAAAAAAAAAAAAAAAGAAAAGUUAUCGUUAUAAAAGACAAGAAGAGAAUUAUUUUUCGCCACAUGAAGGAGAGACCUACGGAUUAUCUCAAACUUUGACUAUCGAAAAAUAAUAAUUCAUCAGGUAAACUGCCCAAAUCCCUGGGCCUUUGGAAAACGCAUUUUCUGAUGUUUUCCCAAGACAAUGCUGAAGAUGUGACGUAGGUGAAUAUACCUGGAAUAAUGUGUUUGUAUUACUGGGACUACUCUCGGUGAAAAUCGUGAAGAAGUCCCAUUAACACGAUAAAUGAUCAGUCGACCACUGUAUUCCAAAUAGACAACCUCUAAGGUCUUCUCGUUUUUUUUUUCGUCAGAUAAAAUUUCAUCAUCUUCUAAAUUAUAUUUUAAAAAAAGCUUCAUAAUUAUAUUCAAAUAAUUAUCAUAAUAAUAAGCUCAUAAUUAUAAUAAUAAUUUAAGUGUUUGUGAAAAAUAAAUUUUAAAAAAUUGACCAC